AUGAUAGGAACGUCACUAUGGGAUUACAUCUUCAUUCGGGCGUGCAUAUUCUUCCUGCACCUUAUCGCACCUGUCAGUAUCAUUUAUACUCUGGUUAACGUGCUGGUUGGCCUUCCCUUCCAACUUCCCCAGGCUCUUCAGGUAUGGCUCGCCCUCGAGGCUAGCUUUUAUCUCGUCGUUUACCUACCGUACAGCAAAUACCUACAGAAGGCCGCUAGGCACCCCGCACUACCCUGCCGUGAGGAUCGCAGAAAGCUGUUCAAGCGCUGUCACGAAACGAUUCCUGAUCCGGUCCAAUAUCUGAGAAAAUGGUUCCGAGGUGCGGCAGAGGCAGAAAUCAAGAGAGAGAACGUCAAGGAUUUCUUCCGGUGGGCUUUUUUGAAUACGGGAGAAAUUGAAUCGGUAGACGAGGAUGAACUGGAGGAGUAUGUUAGAGAGAUGGAGACGUUGUUGGGGAGGAAGUUACAGCCUGGCCGAGGCAGGGCAGAGUGCCUCAGGCUGACUCUCGACAAGGUUGAGAUGUUGCAUCGGAGCUUGACGUGGUAUUCAUGUGUAUUCAUUGUCGAUCUUUUGACGUCGAUUUACUUGCGAUAUCACUCUUUCGACUUCUACCGCUCAUCAGUUCUGCGCUCUUUGGCUAUCUUCCCCGCACGCCCUCACAAUGUCUUUUCCAGCUAUCGCUCCCCUGCAGAAUCCCUCACAUACUGGCACCGGCCGCAUACGUCGAAGACUAGACUGCCUGUCUUAUUCAUUCACGGCAUCGGCAUCGGUCUUUACCCAUAUAUAGAUUUUCUGGCUGACAUUAAUGCCAGUGGUGCUAAGCGUUCACUUGACGGGCAAUUGGGAAUCAUCGCUAUAGAGAUUAUGUCUGUCAGUUCUAGAAUAACGGCAGAGGCAAUGUCAAAAGAGCAAAUAUGCAACGAGAUUUGUCACAUAUUAGAAGCACAUGGGUGGGACAAAUGUGUCCUAGUAUCGCAUUCUUAUGGGAGUGUGGUUGCGGCGCAUCUCCUUCGCAGCCCAAAGAUUGUGCAAAAGAUUGGACCGGUUCUAUUUGUUGAUCCUGUGUCUUUCCUCCUCCAUCUACCCGAUGUGGCGUAUAAUUUUAUCUGUCGGGAACCACGCCGGGCUAAUGAAUACCUCCUCUCUUACUUUGGUUCCAAGGACAUGGGCAUCUCCCAUACGUUAUUCCGGCGCUUCUUCUGGGCUGAUAACGUCUUGUGGACGGACGACAUUAGCAAGCACCGUGUGUCUGUUGUAUUGGCCGGUAGAGACAUAGUAACCGACACGAAAGUUAUUCGGGCGUAUCUUGAGGGCCCGAAAGAUACAACCCUGAAGAGAAAGGCUUGGGAAGACGUAGUGUGGAGAGAUGACGGGUUGGAAGUGGAAUGGUUCCCACAGUUUGAUCAUGGACAGGUUUUCGAUGAUGAAGCGGGUAGAAGUAGGCUGGUUCGAAUUUCGAGUCCGAGCAUGCGCAUUCUUCUCCGAGUAGCUGGCGCUUUACAAGAUCCCUGGGACGGUCAUUAG